GAGCCGGAAGCGGAAGUGUUCACCGUGCGCGAUGGCGGCCGAGGUGGCGACGGCGGCGCUGAGCGGGUGGGCGGCUGCGGAUCCCGAUGGCGGGGGCUCGGGCUCGGAGGACGAGGCGCGGCCUAGCACGGCCGCGGAGGCAGCGGCGGCGCAGAAGCGGGAGGAGCGGCUGCGAAAGUUCCGUGAGCUCCACAUGAAACGGAACGAGGCUCGCAAGCUGAAUCACCAAGAAGUGGUGGAAGAAGAUAAAAGGCUAAAAUUGCCAGCAAACUGGGAAGCCAAAAAAGCUCGGCUGGAGUGGGAGCUGAAGGUGGAGGAAAAAAAGAAGGAAUGUGCUGCGAGAGGAGAAGACUACGAGCGAGUUAAACUGCUGGAGAUCAGCGCUGAGGAUGCCGAGAGAUGGGAAAGGAGAAAGAAGAGGAAAAAUCCAGAUCUGGGAUUUUCAGAUUACGCGGCUGCGCAGCUGCGCAAGUACCAGAGGCUGACGCGGCAGAUCAAACCUGACCUGGAGCAAUACGAGAAGCUGAAAGAGCAGUACGGCGAAGCGCUGUAUCCCACGUCUGACAGUCUUCUCCAUGGAACUCACGUGCCGUCGAAGGAAGGGGUGGACAGGAUGGUCGCAGAUCUUGAAAAGCAAAUUGAGAAGCGUGAAAAAUACAGUCGCCGGCGCCCUUACAACGACGAUGCGGACAUCGACUACAUUAACGAGAGAAACGCCAAGUUCAACAAGAAGGCGGAGAGGUUCUACGGGAAGUACACAGCCGAGAUUAAACAGAACUUGGAGAGGGGAACAGCCGUCUGAGCUGCCGUCUCCCGCAGAGCACGCAGAACAUCUCCCAGCAUUACUUACCUAUUCCUUUGGUAGGGAGAUUUCUGCAGGCAAUUUGCAGCUGUAGAAGUAAUUUGUGUAACAGAUACUCGUGGAAGUGACCAGCUUGUGCAAUUUCAUGUUUUAAAUAAACCCGAACUCUUAUACUUUAGAACACAGCUUGCUUUCAUUCUUCAGUGGCUGAAGACUGGCAAGAGCUACCCCCAGCUGCCUGUCCCGUGCCCGAGGUCACAGUUCUCCUGGGGGCAGCACUCACAGCACAGCUGUCCCCUCCCCAGGCAGCAAAACUGGCUGUUCCUCACCAAGGGGGCAAGGAAGAGGGUUUAUCUCAAGCAUUAGCCUCAGGUUGCUUAAAGACAUAAUUCUUAGUCUGUUUGCUGUAAUUUCUUAAAGAAGCUUCAAGACAAGAAGAGUAAACAAGUGAGUUUAUUUUAUUUUUACAAAAUACGAGUUUAACUGCUCCCAAAAGCAUGCAACAGCACAUUGACAUGCUUGCAAUACUCUUCUUCACAAAAGGUUGGUGCCAGCCAUGCAGCUGAGCGCACUGUACUGCUACAUUCUGCAGCUACAAGCAGCAUCACCUGUACCCUUGGUGUCACAACACCCCCUCCACCAGCUUCCCGAGCUGUUUUUAAAGCAACCUAAAUCACAACACAAGGCAGCACCAAGCCAAGCUCAGCAUUAGGAGUCAGCAGAAGUGACAGCCGCUCAGGUGCAGGGCAACAGCUUCACACAGAGCAGUUGGGUUUACAUCCCAGACACACUCUCCACAUGCAGAGGGAGAUCUGGGGAAGUUCCUCCAGAGGCCCUGAACCAGCCCCAGCAGGAGCAAUUCCAGAAUAAAGGUUUCCUUUCAGAACAACACAGAAGUUACAUUCUGCUGCACUCCCGGAUAGCAGUAGGGGAAGGAAAAGCUACACCUGGAAAUACCCACGUACAGCACAGAGUCAGCGUACCACCAAACACAGAUCUAACACUUGACACACAGAGAGGCCAGUGAAAAACUAAAGUUUAUUUACUUGAAGUAAACAGUUACACAAUGUAAGUCAAGAGUUCAAAAUAACAGCUACCGAACCAUUGUUUAGAAAAAGUUACCCACCUGUAAGUUCUAGUCCAUUAACGCAAUACAAAAAUAUUUACAAAUAUACACAAGAUUCCCAUCUGCGGCUUCUGGAUCACCAUGCUCUACAUCUGAAAGAGAAACCUAAGAUUCCAAAAAUCAAGAUCUCAAAAUAAAUACUCAGUAUUAACAAGUCUUCAACCUGAUCAGAAAAUGUCAGAUCUCA